AUGGGUGCUUCAAUUGCAAGACUCUUUUACAGAAAAGGCAAAGACAGACAAUUGUCAACUUUUUAUAAUACGCAGCUUGUCAAGCUGCACUAAACAUAUAGAGAAAAAGGCUUUGAAAUUUUGGCAUUUCCCUGCAACUAAUUUAUGAAGUAGGAGCCAAAAACUAAUCAAGAGAUUAAGACAUUUUUGCAAACAAAAUUCAACGUUGAAUUCCCUUUAUUUGACAAAGUUGAUGUGAACGGGGAGAACGCACAUGAUAUAUAUAAAUAUCUUAGGAUUAAUACUCCUACACUUGUGAGGAAAGAAAAAAAUGAUAUUAGAAUGAUCCCUUGGAAUUUUUCAAAAUUCCUUGUUGACUCAAAUGGAAAAGUAGUAGGAUACUUUGACCCCUCAGUUUAACCUAGAAAAUUAAGAUAAAUGAUAGAAAAUAUGCUGGAUUCUAGUGAUUGA